AUGCAGCGGACGGAAACAUGCUUACGGGCGUUCAAUUUUUAUUAUCGGGUAUCGGGUGAGAAGGCCGAACAGUUAUUGGAGGAUUAUGGCGAGAACGGCGAUUUUCUUGUUCGCUACAGCGAAUCGUCGCCGUCGAAUUUCUCGCUGACGAUUCGCAUCGACGACAAGCCGCUUCACAUCAAAGUGCAAAAGGUCAACGAGAUGCUGAGCGUGUUCCCCGGCGGCGCCGACGGCACUGAUAUGUUCGGCUCGCUGGUCGAACUCCUCGAGUAUUACAUCGAGAAUCCCACGAAGCUCAAAGAGCGCAAUGGCGGAUUUGUGGCGAUCAAAAAGCCUGUCUACAUCCCGUACGAGCUUGAGGAUUGCGCGAAGGAGCAGCGAAUCGUCCAGCUCAAUCGCUGGUUUCAUGCGAACAUGACAGCGCAAGAGUCGAUGGUGAUAUUGGAUCGCGAAAAGACUGGCAGCUUCCUGUUGCGGUGCAGUCAGCACCUUCCAGGAGCGCUGGUGAUCAGCUCCAAAGUGGAGACGGGCGUAGUCCAUCUCAAUAUCCAUCAGGACCCUUUUACCGGAAGAUACACGAUCGACGGUGAUCAUACAGAAUACUGUGAUAUUCGCCAACUCCUUUCCACUUACAAUAAGAAUCCGAUUGUCGAGAAGGCGCUCAGCAGUCGUGUAGUUUAUUUGGAGAACGCGGUGACCUCGAGCUCGACAUUUGUGCCGGCCGACGUGCUCGCUGAUCGAUUAGAGCUGCUCAAGCAGAGUCUUGAGCCAGGCAAUACCGAGCGAACCGGCAUCAGCGAGGAGUUUGCGAGACUCCAAGCCGAACAGGGACCCGCCGAGCAAUAUUUUUCGAAGCGCGAAGGUCGCCGAGAGAUCAAUGUCGACAAGAAUCGAUACCGGAAUAUAGUGCCGUUCGAUCAUUCGAGAGUCAUUCUCACCGAUCGAGCCGGAGUGCCCGGAGGGGAUUACAUCAAUGCGAGCUAUGUCAAGUUCGACAAACCGAAUCCACCGUUGACGCUGAUAAAAACGCGCAGUUACAUCGCGACACAAGGCUGCUUGGAAUCGACGAUCGGCGAUUUCUGGCGAAUGAUUUGGCAGGAGAAUUCGCGGGUGAUUGUGAUGCCGACGAGGGAGAACGAACGACGGGAAAAAUGCACUCGCUAUUGGCCGGAACUCAACGAUUCGGCGACAUUCGCUGACAUCGUUGUGACGACGACGGAAGAGAAGUUGAUUCGAAAAGAGCUUCCCGACGAGUUCAAGGGCCACGUGAAGGAGCCGGAGCCCGAUGAGAUCUCGUUCAUCAUCCGCACGUUCAAUGUGAAAAAGAACGGGGCGCCGGCGCCGCGCAUCGUCCGCCAAUUGCAAUAUGUCUCGUGGCCGGACCACGGGUGCCCAUUCCAUCCGCACGACGUCAUCUGCUACCUUGACGCCGUCGAUCAAGCGCAUAAGCAGUUCGACAAGGCCGAUGUCAAACAGGGACCGGUUGUCGUCCAUUGCAGCGCUGGAAUCGGACGGACUGGAACACUAUUGAUAUUGGAUGUGCUGUUGACGCAGAUCAAAUUGCGCGGUCGCGGAUGCCCGAUUGACAUUUGGCGGACGUCGAGGCACGCGCGAGACUAUCGCGGUGGACUUGUGCAGACGGAGCAGCAGUAUCAGUUCUUGUACACCGCCAUCGCCUAUUAUAUGAAGCGCACGAAUCCGAACGACGAGCAACGUUUGGUGCUUCGCGAGCGGCACUCAUCAUCGCUUCUCCCGUUGGCGCCGUCGCACAAUAAUUCGGUUUGCCGUAUGCCGGACGUCGCGCAAGCCUACAUCGGACCAUCGACGACGAACAACAAUAGUCUCUCGCCGCGAAUGGGUACGGUAACGCGAACGCGAUCACGUCAUUCGCCAAAGUCCGCAAUCACGCCGCCGUUGCCGCAGAAAACGAAGUGA